GGAUCCCCAUCACUCUGCUGUAUGAGCUAUGUUACAUCGUCCAUUCUCCCGACAGUGAGUAUCUGGCGGAGUAAUUCCAGCAACAGCAGCAACAACAGUCCACGGCGUUGACUACGGAGAUAUUGUACGUGGUGCCUGCAGUAGACAACCAUGCAGCUGACCACUGUCCUAGCUCUUGUGUGUUGUGCACAAACCGUCCUGUCUGCACCUGCUGUCGAUCCUCGCCACGCCGCCAAGCUCAACGCUGCCUCGAAAAACACUCUUUCAGACCCAUUAGAACUGGAGCUGCAGGGGGUCCACCAACAAAACCAACCAAUCAGUGAGCAUGGCGAGAACGAGGCUGUCAUUUCAAACGAAGAAAAAGAGAUUGUCGACAACUAUGUUGAACCGGAAGUCAAGCGGUCUGAAAGAGUGAGCGCUGAGGAUGUCGACCCCCAUGGGGAAGACCUUGAUGGGUUGUCCGACAACCUUGAAGCCGCGGAUCAGGACGUCAAGAGCGUUCUGCGAGUGUUCCUCCACAGUCUCAAACAACAUCCUGAGAUCGUGGAAGACAUCAUUGAAAAGGAAGGUGAGAAACUUCUAGGGCACCCGCUAGCUGACGACAGUGAUAACAGCGCCCUUCCGCCUUCCAGGAACCUAGCCCGCAGCUGACCAAGAUCCCGAAGCAAGUCGAGAAGAAGGCCGGGGGCGAAUUUCCUCGUUUUAUCUACAAGUCCCCUAUGCGAAAUGCAUUCGAGAGGAACCAGAUGACCGCAGGAAGUAUCAAUAACGACGCCAGGCCACCCGUACAACCAUCACACAACAACGAGGUUCCAGUAGCGGAAAGUCCCUCGUCGACCCCCACG